AUGUGGGCUCUGCGGGCCUUGGUCAUCACGUUGAGCAUCCAAGCAGGAACACUUGACCUGGUAGAAACACCUCCAGGGGUGAGCAAUCUCCCUGUUGCUGUGCCCAAUAUGAACACCCUUCCUCUUAACCUGCCAGCACCACGACACCUCAAAGGUUCCACCAACAAGCAAGGCUCACCUUCCAAAAAGCAUCCAGCUGCCUCCAAGGGUGGCAAGUGUGCGCCUGCAGCCAGAUACUUCCUCUCCAGUGGCAAACUCCAUGACUAUCUCAUGAACAAGCUGCCCCCACAGAUCGAGAACAUUGUGAAGUGUGAUGACCUUAAUAUGGCAGGCGUGCUUGGGAUACUAAUACCCACACUGGACAACUCUGACCUGCUCUCACAAUUAGAUCCCACUUCCCUCCUGUAAGGGACAGGUGAUCUUGGCCUAGAUCCUAGGAAAGGCAAAGAAGGGAAUGAGGAUUCCUCAAAGCCCUCUUAAGGGUCCAAGGCCACUGGAGGGCUCACCCAGCUACUCCCAGGGGGCAGUGGUGACCUGGACAGCUCACUAUACCUCAGCGGAGACAAGGGCUCAGGGAAGGGCCUUCUGAAGGAAAAGGGGAUAUCCACUAUAAGGUAGCCUCUGCAUGACAUGGUGGAAAAUGUAGACAAUAUAAAAGAGGCUCUCAGGGCCAAGGUGAAUGAAAUACUCCCCAAUGACCUUGAAGAUCCAAUUUCAGAUCUACUAAACAUAAACAUCAAAGAGCUUUUGCUUGAAUUAGAGGUGGAUGAAGUAACAGUGGACAGCACGGACAUAACCAUGGCAGCUGAUGAGAUCCACGUCCACUCCACAGUCACUGCCACCAUAGGCGGAAAAGGAGCACUUGGACCUGUCGUCAGUGCACUGCAAUUUGAAUCCAUCCUGGAAGUGACAAUGAAAAUUGCUGUUUCCUCCAACAACACUCAGUGUGUCAACCUUGACAUCCAAGACACCCACAUCCAGGUCAAUGAAAUUAACAUUCAGUUAAUUGAGACAGUCACAGGAACUACUAUGCCUCUCCCUGUGUCUUUGCCCUUGAAUGAUUCCAUCCCAAGAGAGCUCUCAGCAGAGAUGAAUAAGAAUCUGGAGAAAUCUAACUCCUGUGCCAUUGUUCUCAAGGACUUUAUUGACUGCAAGAAUGCCAGCAGCUUAUUCAAGUACCAGGUUCAAGAUACCAGGAUUUCUCCCAAAGGACUUUCCAUCCUCUACUGUGUUGAAGCCACUUUGGACAAAGAAACAGUGCCAGUGCCUGGAGGUUGGCUGCCUCCAGAUCCCAAAAAUGCCACCAUUUCUAUAACAAUGUCCAACUCAAUGUUGAAGAUACUGUUAACAGAUGUGGCCAAGCAUGUCUCUGUCAAGAUGAAUGACCUGGAGGCCAACAUCACCAAAAUAACCUACGCCUUCCAGAAAGACCAAAACCCCAGAGUUACCUAUGAGGUUGCAGUAACUAAGGAUAGUGAGGACUAUGCCACUUGGAAAACACAAUUGAUCAUGGCCUAUGACUGCGAGAUUUCAAACACUAAACUGGAAACAAACAUCAAACUUAUAAGUCAGAGGCAGGAGCAAGAAAAGAAGCAGCUACUGAAGACUUUGAACCGUGAGAGCGGCAAGGUGUCAGCCAUAGCAAUGUGGGCUCUCCGGGCCUUGGUCAUCACGUUGAGCAUCCAAGCAGGAACACUUGACCUGGUAGAAACACCUCCAGGGGUGAGCAAUCUCCCCGUUGCUGUGCCCAAUGUGAACACCCUUCCUCUUAACCUGCCAGCACCACCACACCUCAAAGGUUCCACCAACAAGCAAGGCUCGCCUUCCAAAAAGCAUCCAGCUGCCUCCAAGGGUGGCAAGUGUGCGCCUGCAGCCAGAUACUUCCUCUCCAGUGGCAAACUCCAUGACUAUCUCAUGAACAAGCUGCCCCCACAGAUCGAGGACAUUGUGAAGUGUGAUGACGUUAAUAUGGCAGGCGUGCUCGGGACACUGUUAGCCACACUGGACAACUCUGACCUGCUCUCACUCUUAGAUCCCACUUCCCUCCUGAAAGGGGCAGGUGGUCUUGGCCUAGAUGGUCUCCUAGGCAAAGGCAAAGAAGGGAAUGAGGAUUCCUCAAAGCCCUCUUCAGGGUCCAAGGCCACUGGAGGGCUCGCCCAGCUACUCCCAGGGGGCAGUGGUGGCCUGGACAGCUUACUGAAUCUUGGGGGAGACAAGGGCUCUGGGAAAGGUCUCCUGAAGGGAGAGGGACUCUCCAGUAUCGGGAAGCCUCUGCAUGACAUGGUUGAAAAUGUAGACAAUAUAAAAGACUCUGUCGAGGCCAAGGUGAAGGAAAUGCUCCCCAGUGACCUCAAAGACCCAGUUUCAGAUCUACUCAACAUAAACAUCAAAGAGCUUUUGCUUGAGUAA